UCGGAGACGAGCGCUAUGCAGCAGUUCUUGACUACUGAGUACCUUGUGUUCGGUAUAGCGCAGCUGUUCAUCUAUUGCUGGCAUAGCAACGACGUUUAUUAUGCAAGUCUUCAACUCAGCCAGGGUCCGUACGAGAGCCUCUGGUGGUGCAGAGACGUCUCACACCGCAAGAACCUGUACAUCCUCACGGCUCAGUUCAGCCAAGUCGUGGUCUUCUCAGCAGGACCGUUCACCAAGCUUACUGUGGCUACUUUCCUGAGCAUCAUAAAAGGAGCCUACAGCUACUACACUCUUCUAAGUAAAUCACAGACUAAAUAAAAAAAAUAUCUGUGUUAUAAUCCAAAAUAAAGUACCAUCACCUGUCGACAUAAAUGUUUAUAUG